CGCAUUUUGACUAGAUGCUGUAGCUCAGAAAUUGUACAAAGCCAGCUAGUUUAGUGGAACUACUCUUGAGAUUGUGUUUACAGCAUGCGCUCUUUGCUCACAGUAAUAGUAAAUACCCUUAUCUGCUUUCUAUACCUUUUGUGCUUGUAGCGUUGAAAAACACCACAAUUUUACUUGACUGCCAGCUGUUUGCGGCAAGUAGACCGACUGCGCCUUUCAUUUGUUUCUUGCUCGAGUUUGUUUUAGUCGAAGGGCUAUGACAUUCAUUAUCAGAUCAGCUCUCAUGAAAAACAGGAGUUUAUGGCUUCCAGGUCUCGGUGCUGUAAGGGCCAUAUCCUCUCCGGGGGGCCCCACUCCUCCUUUUACCACCCUGUCUGUCAGUCAACCUGCCACUGCUGUCACUCACAUAGAGCUGCACCGGCCAGAGAAACGCAAUGCCAUGAACAAAGCCUUCUGGAGAGAAAUGGUGGAGUGCUUUACACAGAUAGCUGAGGACCCGGAUUGCCGGGUGGUUGUCGUCUCCGGUGCAGGAGAAGUCUUCACAGCUGGCAUUGACUUGAUGGACAUGGCCAGUGAAGUCUUGCAGCCUGAAGGGGAUGACAUGGCCAGGACUUCCUGGAACAUGCGACGCAUCAUCGCCAAGUACCAGGAAACCUUCAGCGUCAUUGAAAGGUGUCCAAAGCCAGUGGUUGUGGCAGUGCAGGGAGCUUGUGUUGGAGGAGGAGUGGAUCUGAUCACAGCCUGUGAUAUCCGUCUCUGCACUCAAGAUGCCUGGUUUCAGGUGAAGGAAGUAGAUAUUGGCCUAGCAGCUGACGUUGGAACUCUACAGCGCCUACCUAAAGUCAUUGGGAGCCGGAGCCUGGUGAAUGAGUUGGCUCUGACAGCGAGGAAGAUGUACGCCGAUGAGGCCAAAGAAAGUGGAUUAGUCAGCCGUGUAUUUCCGGACAAGGAGGCGAUGUUGGCUGGAGCUCUUGAGAUGGCAGGGGAGAUAGCAGGCCGCAGCCCUGUGGCUGUCCAGGGAACCAAGGUCAACCUGAUCUACUCCAGAGACCACAGUGUGGCAGAGGGCCUGAACUACAUGGCAACGUGGAACAUGAGCAUGCUGCAGACGGAGGAUGUCAUGAAGUCAGCUGCAGCCUCCAUGGAGAAGAAGAGUCCUAAAACAAUAACUUUCUCCAAGCUCUGAAGCUGAGGAGCAGAAAGAGGCUGAAGUGCAGCUUUUCUUAGCCGAGGAGGAAUGGAUAGAGGGGCGGUGUAGAAAGUUAAAUUAAAGGGAUUAUCUACUUACCCUGAGUCAGAUGAACUAGUGGAUACAAUUUGUAUGUCUCUACGUCCAGUAUUAAGGAAGUUCGAGGUAGUUUUGGGCGCUAGCGAUAGCUUACAUUAACAUUUGUGCUGGAAGUCUUUGCUGUACCUGAACACUUCCAGUGUUUGCACUCUAGCAUGCUAGCUGUACCCGAAGACUUCCAGUCUUUGCACUAAGCUAGUUAAUGUUGGCUCGCAAAACUACCUCGUAACUUUCAUACUGGACGCAGAGACAUGCAAAUAGUAUCCACGAGUUCAUCCGUCUCUGGGUAGGUUGAUAAAAUGCCAAAAUGACCAACUAUCCAUUUAAGCUAAUAUGAAAAGUACUUAUUUCACCUCCUGCAGAUGCAUAUGUUUGUGUGUUGGUGCCUUGCUGUCAGUCAGAAUCACCCAAAGCAGAGCUGUCUGUAAACUGUAAAGAGUUAGUGGCCUCUCUCUUGCUAGCUCCACAUGCAGGAUUCAGGUUGGGUACUCUACCAACCAGCAUCACACUUUUGUAAAUCUAUAAAAAUGAUUGCAUCAUAAAAACGUGUAUUUUAAUUGUUUAUAAAAGAUGAACUGAGCCUAAGGGCUCUGUUUCAACAUGUUAA